GUGAUAACAAUGUGGAGUUCUGUGAUCAAUGCCGGAAACAAUGGCAAUGGUGGUGGUGGUGGUAGCGGCGGCCGGAGGAAACAAGACCAGAAAACUGCGACUCAGGCGAGUUCAAGAAAAGGAUGCAUGAGAGGCAAAGGCGGUCCGGAGAACGCCUCGUGCACUUACAAAGGCGUCCGCCAACGGACAUGGGGCAAAUGGGUGUCGGAGAUUCGUGAGCCCAACCGCGGCAGCCGCGUCUGGCUCGGAACUUUCAGUUCCGCACGGGAAGCUGCGAUAGCGUAUGACGCGGCUGCCAGGAGGCUUUACGGACCCGAUGCCCAUGUCAAUCUCCCUGAGGAGAUUGACAACGCUCCGCCGCCUCCACCAGCUCUCACGGAGGCGGCGAAAGAGGCCCGGUACCACCGCGCAGUCCAGCAAAUGAAAAAGCAACAAGAGUUCGAACGGCAGAUGCAAAUUUACAUGCAUCAGCAACCACAAAUGAUCAAAGUCGAAACCGCAAUGAUACCGGAGAUCCCGGAUCUUAACGGGUACGCCGUUGGAAACUACGGUGAAGUCACCGGAGAAAAUGACGUUGACAUCGAGAAAUCAUCAACCGGCAACCUGAACUUUAACCUGAACACUAACUUGCCGGAGUUCGACGACUCCGGUUUGUGGACGGAGGCGGCUUCGACGAUGGACUAUCAAUCGCAAGCGAUUGAUCCUGGGAUCAGUGCAUCGGCAUUCGAUGAUACAAUUGGCAUUGAAUUGAACCAUCUUAAUGGUGUGAUUAUCUGUUACCGAUGAUCAUGCAUUUAAUCGUCGGAAAAGAUUGGUUUCUAGUUCGUCGGUGCACGUGGCACAAAACAUACUCAAAUAGUUAUAGUAGUAUUUAUAUGAUAGAAAGGGAAUAGAAAGUUAAUAUAAAUAUAUAGAUAUGAUCACAUGAUAUGUGUUCU